AAACGGAGUAAGAGUUUCUAAUUUUCUAUUACAGCGUAUGAGAGUUCCGGGGAACACUGCUAAGCGCUAACUGAUUCACUUACUAGAAGACUACUGUAAUCUGUAGCUUUGAACAUUAAAAUCCAAAAAUCUUCAACCAAAUGCAGAAAUCAAUGGAAGCACCAUUACGAAUUCUAAACCCUAGUUAUCGCAAUUUCUAUCUCAAUCUAAAUCGUCAAUUUUCCCCAAAAUUCAACCCCAAAUCACACACUCUUUCUCUCACUCCCACUCUCAAAUCUCAAUUUCACAAUUCUCUCUCCUCAAAUCCCUUCAAAAACCCCAUUUUCAAUCUCCCCAAUUCUUCCCAAUUAGGGUUCUUCCUUUCUCUCUCCUCUUCCUCCUCCAAUUCACAAUUUCAACCCAAUUCCGACCUUAACAAUGGCGGUUUCUUCCACUGGCACAAAGCAUCGGCACCGGUCGCCGGAGUUCCCGCCGCCGGUGGGAAACCCGAGGUUGCGGCGGUGAUAUUAGGGUGGUUAGGAGCGACGCCGAAGCAUUUGAGGAGAUACGCGGAAAUUUAUACUUCAAAAGGGGUUGAUGCAAUUACAUUUGUUGUUCCUGUGAAAGACGUGCUUUGGUUUGAUUUGGGGAAGAAGGUUGAGAAUCGGAUUCGAGAGUUGGCGGAUGAGCUCGUUUCGUGGUUGUCGAAGGCGCAAGGCCGAGAACGACGCUUGAUCUUUCACACAUUCAGUACCACUGGUUGGCUUGUAUAUGGGUCGAUUCUUGUUCAUCUGCAGGAUAGGCCAGACCUUAUAGAAAAGAUAAAAGGAUGUAUUAUUGAUUCCGGAGGGGACCCUGAACUUAAUCCUAAGGUUUGGGCAGCUGGUUUUACUGCUGCCCUAUUGAAGAAACGGAAUACUGUAAUGGUUCCAUCGGUUAAGAACGUAGAACCAAGUACUGAUAAAAACAAGUCAAACGUGCAGGAAAAAGACCCUCUCAUAGUUGAGGCUUUAGUAUUUGCAGUUUUGGAGAGAAUGUUCUCCUUCCUUUUUAAGUUGCCUGCUGUGAACCAGAGAUUGAUGAAGAUCAUACAUCAUCUUUCAGAAAAUCAGCCACCAUGUCCACAGCUUUAUCUGUACAGCACAGCAGAUAAGGUUAUACCAUAUCGAUCCGUAGAAUCUUUUAUUGAACACCAAAAGUCGAAGGGAAGAGAUGUCCGGUCCUAUAAUUUUGGAUCUUCGCCUCAUGUAGAUCAUUACAGGGCAUUUCCUGAUGUAUAUACCUCUCAGGUUAACGUUUUUUUAAAACACAUUUCAAAUAAACAGAUGAAGUUUCUGUUGCAGAUUUUGGUUUUGUUGAGUGAGAUUGUCAUCUUAUUUUGCCGUGGAGGCAUUUCCUUAUCCAUCAUUAUUGCUUCAUUAGGAUGAUUUCAUGGUACUCGUAUUAAUUGUUUCUUAAAGGUGCAGUCUUACAUUUAAUAAAAAAAUGUCUUUUUUGUCG